ACAUGAACUCUAGUAUAAUUGUUUUAAAAAAACGGCUAUAUAGCAAUUGUAUGAGUGUUUAUGAUGAUGAGCUUUAGAAUCGUUGUUGAACAAACCUCCAUGCGGAUUAAAUCAAUCUCGUCAGUUUGUCUGUUAACCACAUUAAUAUCUUAAUCUUUUUAUUCUUUAAUUCAAUCACUGUAUCGGAUAGGAUCAAAUUUAUAUUUUCAACAAAGGGUUACUCUUUAUUCAAUUGGUGAAAGCUUAAUCUUUUUCCAUGCGCGAAAUAAUCAGGGUCGUGAAAAUAAAUAUAUCCCACGAAACAGCGGUCUUCGAGGCAUUAAGCGUUCCCAAAGAAGGUUGUAUCAAGGCUUCAAGAAACUGCAAACAGUGAUUGAAUUCUGGUUAUCUUGAUAAAAAAAUUCCUUUUUAUGCUCUGACGCAGUGUUAUUUUUAUAGAAUAAAUCGUUUUCAAACAAGUGGAUAUACUGAGUUACUGACUGCAUGUUUUAAGCAUACUUAUAUCUGUGAUAUUUUGAGAAUGGUGUAAGUAAUCAAGGGGAGUGUUCAAGUGUUUGAAACUAAGAUAUAAGACGAGAAUUCGUCAGCCGUCGACAUCAAGCAGACGUGCUUUGCAGAUGCAAACGGCUCAACUGACGUCAUCUUACACAACAUAAUGACGUCAUACAAGCCGAUUUCGUUUGAUAGGGAGUACACUUUGGAACAGAUCAACUGGAAGCGCUCCAUGACUGAGAUCGACCUGAAGCGGCGGCGUGCGGACAUGCGCGAGAGGGACCGGAUGCAGAUAAAAAUCAUAACGAAACUUGACAGCCCAACCCUGGGCUUCGAAGUCGAGAACUUCCGGUUGUUCAACAGGCUUAGGAAGACGGAAACUGCCAUACACAACACGAUACCUACUUUAGAUACCGUGAACGCUGAGAAGGACUACAUCACGUUCGAGCGCCUCCGGAAGUCGCAGCCCCACGCCGUCACCUACACCAGUUUCUACAACACCAUCCAGGGAGAGGCGCGCAAACCGCGGACGCCCAAAACACCGUCCGCAAUUGCUUACUCCGGUAUCGAGCUUAGCCCGUCAUCCGCGCGAUCACGCGGCACGUUACGUCGCUCGUCCCAGUCUCUUUCUGAGUCGCCUGCAAGUCGGCUGUUUGCCAUGGACACGGGCGGCAGACAGUUUAACGGUGCAUACAAAAUGUCCCAGUCAACACCGAUAGACGCUCAGACGCCAAGUGCAUACAAAAUGUCUCAGUCAACACCUAUAGACGUUAGGACGCCAUUCUCUUGAUACUUUUGCUAAGUUGUAGCGAAAACGUGUGUUAUAAAGUGUUUAUAUGUAGCCUCGCUCUUGGAUAACCGAGCUUAAUGUUUGUGCGUAUAUCGUCCACACAGUGCGUGCAUUAUGCCUGUUUUCCCAGAGCGAGGCUCAUAUGUGUUAGAUAUGUGCUUUUAUGUGUACGAGCUUAUGUGCUAUGGAUUACAUGUUAUUGUUAUUAUAUACCAAUAUGUUUUUGUAAUAUUAGAAUUUUUUAAGUUAAUCAAAGGUCAAUACUUUAUUAAUAAACAUGAUAAACUAUUUUAUUAAACAGAUGAUAAAACAUAAAUUAAAAUCA